AGUCUUGCGUUUACGGCAGCCUCCUUCUGCGUCACAGAUAUUGCUCAGCAGAAGAGACGCUACACCAAAACUUGUGGCUGCAGAUGUGUAGCCUGGGAUUAUCCGACCAAACACGGACUGGUAAAUCAGUAUUUGACCUUAACCUUAAUACGAGCAUGUCCGAGUGCAUCUGAUGAGCGUUUGUGUGUUUAUAAUCCAUGUUUAUGUCAUACACGGGGGGUCUGUCGUUGACUCUGUAAGCGUCCAUGCUUUUCUGACGCCCACUUACAUAAUUCACGAUAAGGCUGUGGGCUGUGUGGAUGUUUAUCGAUAAGGUCAAACCGUUUGAUAAGCAUGUUUUGAUCAAUUCUGGGUCGUUUUAUCAGCGCAACCCAAAAACUUACGGUAUAAACGUGAACACUUCGACACAUUUACAGUAUUCUGGUGCUGUUAAUGGUUCAUAAAAAUACAAAAUGUAAAAACAACAAAAUAUGAUUAGACCUGUCGUGAUAUUUUCCCUGUCCACUUGCUUGUGAUGCUCUCAGAUGGAAAACACAACCCGUCAUGAAAGAGUUUGACACUGUGGGCGUUGAGAAAGAUGAAAACUGGUGAGUUUGAACAGAUUGAAUUCAAAAAAUGCAUUAUAGUGUUUAUAAGGGUCCCUUUUCACUGAACUACAUAACAGCAACACAAUUUAACCAAGAUUUUGCAUAUUGUUAAGAAAGCAUGAAGAUUUGGAGAGCAGUUUGAUUAUAUACAGUGGAUAUAAAAAGUCUGCACACCCAGGUUCAAAUGCCGGGUUUUCGUGAUGUAAGAAAAUUAAAUCAAGAUAAAUAUUUUCACAACGUUUUCCACCUUUUAAUGUGACCUAUAACCUGUACAAUGCAAUUGAAAAACAAACUGAAACCUGCAAAGGGAAAAAUAUAAAAUAAAAAACCAAAAACAACCUGGUUGCAUAAAUAAGCACACCCUUAAACUAAUACUUUGUUGCAGCACCUUUGGCUUUUAUUCCAGCACUCAGUCUUUUUGGGUAGGAGUCUAUCAGCGUGGCACAUCUUGAUGUGGCAAUAUUUGCCCACAUUUCUUUGCAAAACCGCUCUAAAUCUGACAGAUUGCGAAGGCAUCUCCUAUGCACAGCCCUCUUCAGAUCACCCCACAAAUGUUUGAUGGGAUUCAGGUCUGGACUCUGGCUGGGCCAUUCCAAAGUCUCAAUCUUAUUCCGGUGAAGCCAUUCUUUUGUUGAUUUAGUUGUGUGUUUUGGGUCAUUGUCGCGCUGAAAGAUGAAGUUCCUCUUCAUCUUCAGUUUUCUAGCAGAAGGCCAAAGGUUUUGUGCCAACACUGACUGGUAUUUGGAACUGUUCAUAAUUCCCUCCACUCUGACUAAGGCACCAGUUCCAGCUGAAGAAAAACAGCCCCAAAGCAUGAUGCUGCCACGACCAUGCCUCACUGUAGGUAUGGUGUUCUUUUGGUGAUGAGCAGUGUUGAUUUUGCACUAAAUAUACCUUUUGCAAUUAUGUUGAAAAGUUCAACUUUGGUUUCAUCAGACCAUAACACAUUUUCCCACAUGGCAUCCAUCUUGCCACCCUACCCCAUAGCCCAGACAUAUGAAGACAGACAGGAGAUUGUUGUCACAUGUACUACACAGCCAGUACUUGCCACAAACUCCUGCAGCUCCUUCAGUGUUGCUGUCGACCUCUUGGUAACCUCCCUGACCAGUUUUCUUCUCAUCUUAUCAUCGAUUUCGGACGGAUGUCCUGCUCUUGGUAAUGUUACUGUUGUGCCAUAUUUUCUCCAAUUGAUGAUGACGGUCUUUACUGUGUUCCAUGGUAUAUUUAAUUGCUUGAAAAUCAUUUUGUAAGAUUCACCUGACUGAUAUCUUUGAAUAAUGAGAUCCCUCUGAUGCUUUGGAAGCGCUCUGGUGGGUACAAAAAUAUCAGGAAAAGCCUACUAGAACAGCAGAACUUUAUUUGAGGGUUGAUCAGACGCACUUUAAUUGGUGGCUGACUCCAAUUUAACUUGAGUUUGAAUGUAAUUGGUUAAAUCUGAACGCAGCCACAUCCCCAGUUAUGAAAGGGUGUGCACACUUAUGCAACCACAUGAUCUCAGUUGUUUAUUUUUACUUCACCUCCAUGAAAGAUGUUGGUUUGUUUUUCAAUUGUGUUGUACAGGUUAUAGGUCACAUUAAAGGUAGAAAAAAAUGUAAAUUUAUCUCAAUGUAACUUUUUUACAUGACAAAAAGAGGUCAUGUAAAGGUCAAUAUAGCAUUGUUUCUGUGACUGCAAGCUAAAUUCAACAAGAUGAAUGUUGACUAAAUGACACUGUUGUCUCUUUAAUAUUGGUUUGCCAGUGAAGAAAAUGAAGAGGAAGCACCAAUGAGGCGUAGUUUCUCGGUAGAGGACCUCCUUGAUGAGGUGGAGAAGAUCUGUUACGAUGCCUCAGGGACCUCAAAGGUCAGAAACAGAGUCAACCCUCUUUAAAGAUACUCCUCUGUCAAUGCUUUAAUGGGAAUAUGUCAUGUUUAAGACAUAUUAAAUGUGACAUGAGACACCUUUUAGUCUGACCUGUUUAAUCAUGAUUGUCAUUUACAUUGUGUGGUUGACUAGAAGCAUGAAAGUAAUUGAAUAAGUAAAUGAAACACCCUCUCAAGAUAAGGUUUUGAUGUGAUCUAUCAAACAUUUAUAUAUGCUUUAUAAUACAUGACACAUGAAACAUCUCUGUAUCUGUGGCAGUGGGGUGGUCGUUUUGAGCAGACGCUUUAAAAAUUCAGGUGACAUUAAGUACAUCAACUGACAGUUACACCGUUUAUGUUUUAAUAUCUGUAUGGAUGCCAGAGCCACCUGGUGUAUCAGUGAUCAUUGUUUGAAGAAUAACAUUUGCUGCUUUGAUUGUAGGUGGAGAUGGUAGUGAGGCUAUGGAAGGAUGGCUUCACUGUGAAUGAUGAGGAGUUUCGCAGCUACUCCAUACCUGAGAAUCAAGAUUUCCUGGAUGCUAUCAAAAGGGGGUGAGUGACAUUGCCACAAGGAGCAAGAAUUAUGUGUAAUUAAAGGUAAUCAUAUCCUCGGCUUGGUUAGGGUUGGUCAUUUAAAUCAGUUUCUUCAAAAUUACUCCAACAAGUAUAAACAUUUCUGCUUUCUCUAACCUGAAACAACCUUAUUUGAUUCUCUUCCAAUGUGUUACUAUGAAAGAUGGAAGAAAGGGUUGUUUGCAGACUGAGAUAUUGCAUCACACAUCCUCUAGGCAAUCAAAACCAAAUGACAAAGCAGUGGUAUUAUUAUUACUUUCUUUUUUUUAUUGUGGUUUAAUAAUUCACCACUGGAUGUUUCUGUCGACUUGGGGUUGUGUUAGAAAUGUGGUGUGUGUUCAUUAAAGCACUAUUACCUGUUUUUCUGAAGCUGAUAAAAGAGUGUAAUAAAAACUCUUUAAUCAUAGUUAUAUGAUGUUAUGAAAUAGAUGUGCACACAGUGUAGGUCUAAUGAAUGUUAGACUGUCACCAGUUAAGGUCUUAAGUUGUCUUUUUCCAUCACUGAGUUGUCAAUUUUUUGUGUUCACUGACCAAUGCCAUAAAAACACAUGGUCAGUUUGCACAGGAUUAAAAACAUAGUCGUCCAUCACAGUUAUUAAAAUUAUCAGAGGUCCCCAGGUUACACUGAUCCCAUACAAGUAAUGCUAAAAGCAAAGAAAAGUAGCAGCGUAUGACAUUUGAGCCGGCUCAGUUAUUUGGUACUUAUAAGAAGGAAGCAGAUAUUACCCCACAAUUGUCAAAAAUGAAAUGUCAAAUACUUUUAAAAUACAAAAAGAAAGAGUACACCUGCCUCUACAGACUCUUGCAUCAACUUCAUCUUGGAUAUACUGCUUAAUGCUCCGUGAUUAUUCAUGAAUCCUUUCAAUUCAGUGCAGGUUUAUACUAACUUGGUACCAUUCAAAUAAACUUCAGUGUAUUAUCGGUAUGAUACCAGAAAAAGUGAAUUAUCAGUAUCAGAAUAAAUGAAAAUUUUCAGAUAUGCACAGUGGAUAAUGUAAUGCAUUCAAUAUAGGUAAAUAAUUCAAGCUUAUGCCCGCAAUGAGCUCCAGUAUUUUAGCUCUAUGGAUGAGUUUUGAAGUGUUGAAAACAGACAACAAAAUAUGUAUUCACAGUGCUUGAAGCACAGCUGAUGCAAGGAGGAGUAAAACAAAACUCCUCUAACACUACCAAUUCAUCUCAAGAGCUGUCAUCCUGAACAACACUAAGAGUCUGAAAAGUGAGAAUGAAAAAGCGUCAGUGGAAAACCUGUCAGCAGCCUCUACUUUAGACAUUCAACAAAGCUUAGAAAUGUAAAAGCAACCGCAUUUUUGAAUGACUGUUUGAGACGGAAUACAUUUUCUUUUUUCAUUGUAGAAUUCAAUGUUUCUUGUCUGGUUUUAUGACUGUUUCUGAAACAAAUAGACUCUCGCACUAAGAAUGACAAGUAAAUUGUAGGACAGGAGAGACCAAGAGUCUUUUUCAAAAUAGAAAUAUUGUGUAUGCUGUGUCAGUGUAAGCUUCCUUGAGUUUGAAAAUACUAGCAUAUUGGAUAACAGCAAAUCCAAUAUUGCGCACUGCUUUUAGUUUAUUUUUUCCCUUUUAUUUGAGACUAAUACUGUUCAGUUAGAUUUAAACUGAACCCUUGUCCUAAACCUGCUAGCCAAAACAGUCUGUGCUGAAAUGUAGACCCUCCAGAAAAACGCAAUUAUGCGAUCGCAUGAAUUCCCGCAUAAAUCACCAAUCUGCUGCAGAAAAAUGCUGGUCCCGCUUGAUUUCACAAUUUCUGCAUUAAAAUGAGAAAACUAUAACCAAAAUAGUUGUAAGUUGAUAAUGAAUGAAACAUAACCAGCACUUACUGUGAUGUGUCUUGCAUCUAGUAUGCCUGUUUAUAUUCAAAUUUCUCCUUUUCAUUCAGUGGUAGCGUAGUAACAGGAUGUGGGAGAAGAAGAAUCUUUUUUCCCAGUUAUUGCAUUUUUCGCAUAUUUCGCAUCUUUUUCGCAUAUUUCACAACUAUUCGCAUACUUUACAACUUUCCGCAAUUUUCCCGCAUAAAAUGGCAUAAAAACCCCGCAUAUUUAGACGCAGAAUCAAGGAUUUUUGCCCGCGUUUUUUUUCUGGAGGGUCUAGAAAUGAGACCAUUCUAUGACAUUUUCUCUGAUUUCAGAUAUAAAUAUAUUUACCCAUAAAAGAUUGGAAAAAUUUCUGGAUUAGGUUUUGGUGCUUAAUGAUUGGAGACAAAUAUGUGGAGAGAAUUUUACUUCAUGUCUUGGGUCUUUAAAAAAAACAAUCAGUCCUGAGGCAAAAUGAGCCAUAAAGUAGUUAAGUUGUCUACCUACAGAACACAUGCAGGUGACAAAAGAUGGGUCAAACAUAAUGCUCUUAAGUGCUCAUUUGUUAUAUUGAUUGAUUCGACUAUAGACUCUGAGACUGAUCUUUAACUGGUUCCAGGGAGCUCCCAGCUGAGUGGGAGAGCAGAGCAGAGGAAGAGGAGCUUGAAAUCAGUGUGGAAGAUCUGACCGAGGAGAACUAUGUUCCCAAGAAAAAGGCCUUUCACCCCUUCAGCGGCCGAGGAUACCGACUUGGCAGGCAAGAGACUAUUACUAUUAUGACAACAUCAAACUUAAUCUUACAAUUGCUAAUAACCAUUUGUAUAAAGAUAUCACAAAAAUACAAACAAAUACUAGUUGAGUUUGCAUUAUUGUUGUCUGGAAGUGUGUUUUAAGUUCCAUGGCAUGCAAUACUUCGCUACACCACUAGGUGUCCUUCUAAAUCCAGUGUAAGAAUAUUUACAACCAAAUCUGACCAAGAAGGCCGCCUGCCUGAUGAGCUGGAACCUCAGCCUCUUCAUAACAUCACUUUAUCAAUCUGAAGUUCUCCAGAGUGUUAAACCUAUUUCUGUUCUUUGAAAGGAUUAAACGAGAAAAAUACACAUUGCAUGUGCCCGCUUGGUGUUAAUCUUAUUUAUUCCUGUCCAUUCCCAGCGUCGCACCCAGAGUUGUGGCCAGGUCACCAUCUGUGCACGAGGAUGGAGAAUCUCCUCCUAUUCCCAUGGUAACACUAGACCACGCCCUUCCCGUUACCUCCCUGCAGAUUUGGUUGGCCGACGGCAGGAGACUGGUGCAGAGGUUUAACCUAUCCCAUCGGUGUGUAUCCAAGUGUAAAGGGCCUAAACACAACCCUCCUCAUCAUUAAACGACACCUUAAGACAGAGUGACUCGUCUGUGUGAGAGAAAUCUCGACACUUUCUAUCCCCGCUGUGCCGCCUUUGAAUCCCAUAAUCUCAAACAUCGCAGCCCAGAAGUUGUUCAAGGGAUGAGGAAAAAGAUUUUUUUGUUUGUACUUGCUCUGAAGCCGGCGAAGGGAGUUUGUUUGAGGAUUACGUAAUGCUUUGUUCUAGUCUGCUGGAGUCUGAAGGCAUGGUGCAUGUUAUAUCCCCCCGCCACAGUGCAUGGGGCUGCAGAAAACAUAAUCUGAGAUGUAGCAAUGGAGUGGAUCUAUAAAAUCCCCAGAGAGGGAUUGCGUAACUUGGAUGCAGCAUUUAUAUAACAGAGCUUGCAGAAAGGAUAGAGAGGGCUGAACCCCUCUAACCUUCAGCUGGUGUGUGAGGAGCAGGGCAGCCAUAGGAUCACUUGUAUGUGCUGGGUGCUGAUUAAUAAUAGAUUAUGUUACUAGUAUAGUGCUCCAGAGAGAAAUCAUGUGCCACAGGAGAGAGUGGAGUAUUUGGAUGGGCUGUGCUUCUGUGCCCACUGAAGAAAAUCUACAAUAAUGCUUAAUCUGCCUUUCUUUAUUACAACUUUUUAAUCCUCUGUCAUGAUUUUUUCUGUAACUCCGUGUUUAAUUCUCCUCUCCAGGAUCACCGACGUCCAAGAUUUUGUCGCUCGCUGCCAGAGGAGCUGCCCACCUUUCGUACUGACGACAUCGCUUCCCUCCCGCGAGCUCAACGACAAAGAAUUAAGUCUUGAGGAGGCAGAUUUGGCCAACGCCGUCAUUGUCCAGAGACCUCUGAACACACAGGCUCCGUUUGGACACUCCUGACUAAAAAGGCCUCAUUAGCUCACGCAUCGCAUCACUUCUACCCUGACUGUCCUGAGCGCAGUCGAAAGUUUGUUUUAAAUUAACCAUUUGUUUGUUUCUUCUGAUUUUACAGAUUUUAUUUUCACUGGUACGUUCUUAUCUCUCUGUGUGGGAUUCUCUUAAGUCUGAUGCCGCUAAAGGCGUCGUUGUCAGCACUUACCCUGUCUCCUUCUUUUAGAGAACAGGAUUUACCUGCCAAUACAUCCCCUUAAAACCCCAAACCUGUCAAAGAAAACUAUUUCUGUCACUCAUGCAGAUGGUAAUAUAAGUGUCGGUCUGUUAUCUACCCCAUGUAAUUGUCCCCAAACACACACACCACCACCAGCACCACCACCCAACUCAGUAUAUAGUCUUCCUAAACAGCUAUUUCCACUUUUCUGCACUAUUUACAGUAAUAUAUCAAGGGUUUGUAUUAGUAUGUUUACAAGUAUUUAAGUGAAACCUCAUUUUCUUUGCACAUUUUUGUGAUCAAAAAGAAAAAGAAAAAACACACUGCUGCUUUUUAUUUAAGUUGACCUCAGCUGAAAAGGUCUACCCAUUGUUGUUGCCUUUUCUUUUUGCAGAUUCUGUAUACAUUCGCCUUAAUUUAGAAUGUAUUGUUUCAUUUGAAUGCAUUUGUUCGAGACAUAUCACGGAUCGAAGAACAAUUAAAACCCUCAAAGUCCUACA